AUGAGUGAUGACGGUGAUAUUAUUCCAAGUGUUAUGCAAAAUGGUGGAAAUCAGUACAAAAUAAAAGAGAAUUCAUUUUUACCUAGUGCUGUUGUUGAAAAUAACACAACAAUGAGUUUUGAAAGCUCCAAACCAGCAGAAAACUAUGGACCAGAUCAAGUUUUACCUGCUUCACAAAAGUAUACAAGUGAAGCAAAUGGCCGAGUUACUUUAAGAAUUGAGGUUGGUGCAGAUAAUACACCUGUAUCUGUACCCGGACUUUUGACUAGAAGUGCUGAAAAAUAUGGAGAUCUACCAGCGUUAAAUUAUAAAUCGGCCAAUAAAUGGGUCAAAGUUACUUAUAAAGAAUAUGAACAAAAUGUACGAACUGUUGCUAAAGCUUUUAUAAAGUUGGGCCUUGAAAGAUUUCAUGGUGUCUGUAUAAUUGGGUUCAACUCACCAGAAUGGUUUUACUCAGACUUAGGCGCUAUUUAUGCUGGGGGUUUUGCUGCUGGAAUGUAUACAACAAAUCUUGUUGAUGCUUGUCUCCACUGUUUAGAGACAAGUAGGGCAAAUAUUGCUGUAGUUGAAGAUAGUAAACAAUUGGAAAAAAUACUAUCAAUCAAAAGUCGUCUACCCCAUUUGAAAGCCAUCAUCCAAUAUGAAGGGAAACCUACUGAAGAGGGUGUUUUAUCUUGGGAAGAUGUAAUGAGAAUUGGAUCAGCUGAAUCUGAUGACAAAUUAAAUGCCAUAUUGAAAACCAUGGGAGUCAAUGAGUGUUGUACAUUAGUAUUUACGUCUGGAACUGAAGGCGCAUCAAAAGCAGUCAUGGUUAGUCAUGAUAAUCUAACAUACAACGCAUAUGUGAUAACAAAAUUCUUAUCCUUGAUGGAUGGCAAAGAAGUUCUCGUAUCAUAUUUACCUUUGAGUCAUGUUGCAGCACAAAUUACUGAUAUAUAUAGUGCAAUCUCAAUAGGGGCUCAAGUAUUUUUUGGUGAAAAAGACGCUCUAAAGGGUUCUUUAGUGAACACACUUCAAGCUGCCAGACCUACAGUUUUCUUGGGUGUCCCUCGUGUUUGGGAAAAAAUUAACGAAAAAUUAGUGAGUAUUGGCCGAAAAUCGGGUUCAUUGAAGAAGUACAUUGCUGAUUGGGCUAAAGAAGUUGGCUUAAAUCAUUAUGAAGAAGCAAUGAAAGGAGUUGAAAGAGAAACAUACUCCUAUAAAUUCUUCAGAUGGUUAAUAUAUGGUCGUAUCAAAAGUGCUAUUGGUUUUGAUAGAUGCAAAUAUUUUAUUUCGGCUGCUGCUCCUAUAUCAGUGGAACUAAAAAAAUAUUUUAUGAGUUUGGACAUACCUUUGUGCGAAGCAUUUGGAAUGUCUGAGUGUGGAGGUGCACAUACAUUGAGUAAUCCAACUGAUGAAAAUGUUGCUGGUGUUGGAAAAACAUUAGAAGGAGUCACUUCAAAAAUUGACAAACCCGACAAGGACGGUAAUGGCGAGUUGUGUAUUUAUGGACGUCAUGUGUUUAUGGGUUAUUUGAAUCUGAUGGAAAAAACAGAGAGUACCCUAGACACUGAUGGAUGGCUUCAUUCUGGUGAUAUUGCCCAAAUAGACGAUAAAGGAUAUGUUGUUAUUACUGGAAGAAUAAAGGAAUUGUUAAUAACAGCAGGUGGAGAGAACAUACCUCCUGUAUUAAUCGAAAACAAUGUUAAAGCCGUAUUACCAGUUGUUAGCAAUGCUUUCUUAAUAGGUGACAAGAGAAAAUUCUUGUCCAUACUGUUAUCUCUAAGGUGUGAAGUAGAUGCUGAAACUGCUGAGCCACUCGACACUUUAACACCUGAAGUGAUUUCAUGGCUAUCGUCACUUAAUUGUAAGUUUACUAAAGUAUCGGAGGUUGUAGCAAACAAACCUAAAGAAGUUUUUGAUGCGAUACAAAAAGGCAUUGAUGCAGCCAACAAGAAAGCUAUAUCUAAUGCACAGAAAAUCCAAAAGUUUUCGCUUCUGCCAGUUGAUUUCUCCUUGCCUACUGGUGAAUUAGGUCCUACAUUAAAAAUUAAACGUCCCGUUGUGAACGAAAAAUACAAAGAUUUAAUCGAAGAGUUCUACAACUGA